AUGCUCUUGACCAAGCCAAGAGCCCUGUUGAAGAACGUAUAUGGGCUUACCAUUGAUCACGACGACGAUGAACUAAUAGCAUGGGAGCUUAGAGGCAUCGGAUCCCUUGGUUUGGGACUGGCCAUUCAGGUGUACGCAUCCAUCGUCCAAGGAAUCGCCCCAAUAACCGCCAUGGGAUUGGGGUUAAUCCCUCGAGCCUUGUUUUAUCUUUACACGACAUUUUCAGGCAAGAUGAAGUCGCUCAACAUUCAAACGAGGUUCUUCACCAUGAACACGGUCAUGACGUGCUGGUGUGUUGCCUCUCUGCUACUCGGUUUGGGGAAACCAAGCACGACUUCCAAAAUAUAUUCUUCCAUGUGUUUUCUCAAAUCCCUCUUCUUCACCUGGGCCCCGAGGACUUCGUGCAAGAAACUACUGGGAAGACCCUGCGAGGGACAGGCCUUGGGCUUGAUGCGGGGAGCUGGAAAUGAACUCUUUGUCAGCUCUCUUCUGAUGCUAUCCGCGGCGUGGGCUUCAAACAUAGUCAGCCCGGUUGCUGCUGCCGGAUAUGUGUGCGUUGCAUGGGUAGUUCUCUUGGCGGACAUGGCGAUGCUGGCCAAGACAUGGCAGCUUAUGGGGUUUUCCAAUGCCCGUACCAAUUGGGUCAACUUGAUAAUGGCAGCCGUGUUGGGUACAGGUUUCUUGCUGGCCAAAUAG